CAACACUGGAUCGUUACGCUAGACGCACGUUUUCCGAGGUAAAACAAUUAACUAAAACCGCGCAUUUCCGCAAUGGCGUCACCAUUUUUGCCUGGAAAUUCUCCCAAUAUGCACCUUCUGAAGGAUAAAUUCCACAAAUCCCAACAUUUCGACUACAUCAGCGGUGUUCUGCUGACCGGAAUAGAGAAACCGGGCAUCGGCGGAGAACUGUUGCCGGGGCAGCGACUCAAACCCAAAUCUUCUGUCUAUCCCAAAGCAGCGACUGGUGGUUUGCCGUCGUGGGUUGCCUUUGACAAACAGGCACUCUGUUUUGAGGCAUAUUUUCAAGAAGCGGUGCCAGAUGCUCCCAGUGAGAUGAACAGAAUCCGGAAGUGUAAGAUCUACUUCUACCUGGAAGAUGAUACCAUACAAGUGGUUGAACCUGAGUACAAAAACAGUGGAAUUCCUCAAGGGACUCUGAUUCGUCGCCAACGCAUCCCGUUGCCGCCACCCAAGCAGGAGCAGUUCUACAACGUGUUCCACUUUAACCUCCAGCAGCAGAUGGUAUUGUUUUCCCACACGUUCACGGUGACCAACUGUGACCAGUUCACCAGAAACUUUCUGGCUAAAUGCGGAGUGAUACUCAAUGACCCCGUUGCUGUGCCCGAAGACCCUUACCGUAACCUCCGGGAAAAGAUGGAGAAAAGCAUGAGUCCACUGCGGCCCUACGAGAAACGAGACACUCUCAGACAGUUUUUGGAACACGACCGGAAAGUUCUACGGUUCUUCUGCUUUUGGGACGACACUCAGGCCGUGUGCGGGGAUCUCCGAGAGCUCGUGCUGCACUACUUCCUCGCCGACGAUACCAUCGAGAUUAGGGAAGUCAUCCAGCCGAAUUCCGGGAGAGCCUCAGCGUCCAAAUUCCUCCGUCGCAGCAAGCUACCUAAGCAGGCUUCAAACCAAUUGAAUCUACCAGGAGAGGUGACCAACCGCACCGUGCUUAAUGUCUUGGCCUCCAGCAGAAAAGGAGACCGCUUCCUACUGGACAGCCUUAAAACGGGGGCCAUCCAAGAAGAAUUUUAUAAGGAUUGUGAUUUGAAAGUCGGAGGCGAGCUUAAUGUGUGGGGCAGGAAGGUGACUAUUGCUGACUGUGAUGAUUUUACUAAAGACUACUACCGCUCCAAGUACGGCACAGAGGUGUUUAACACAGUGCAAUACAAAGCUCCCGUAGCCCCAAAGCCCCCCAGGCUUGUACCUCCUUAUAAUGGAUUUGGUUCGGAGGAGGACUCGCUAAGCUCCUGCCAGCAUCUGCUACCCAAACCCCCACAGAAAGAUCUCCACAAGUUCAUGGAAUAUGAAAGAUGUGGCCUCGAGAGUAAUGUGCUCAAGUUCUACGCCAAGAUGGUGACCACCAGUCAAGUGGACAGCGACAGGGAAUUCAUCAUCUCUUUCUACCUGAGCGACGACUCCAUCAGCGUGUUUGAGCGCACGCAGAAGAACUCUGGUGUGCUGGGCGGCAUGUUUCUGGCGCGGGGUCGCAUUAAAAAACCAGGCCAGGAGUUGUUUAAGAGCGAACCCUCCGAGUACUUCGCCGCCCAAGAUCUGCACGUUGGGGCCAUCCUCGACCUCAACAACCGGCUAUUCCAGCUGCUCGAUGCUGACGAGUACACCUUCAAGUACUUGGAGCAACAUGCUGAGCAGUUCCCCAAAGCUAACAUAGGCAGCAUCCUGGCUAAACUACGGUUGAUUCCGGAGGAGAAGCAACGAGAAAUCAGGAACGUCUUGACCCUCAGUGAUCCAACCAACACUGGAUUUGUCACCUUUGACUCAUUCAGGAGCCUGCUGAUGGCAUCGGAAUGCGGUCUGAGCGAGCAUGAGGUUUUGGUGCUGGGACGAUCUUUCUCCGAGCACCAGCAGCCUGAGAUGGACCUUGCCCUGAUGCUGGCCGUGGCCCAGGACGUCCUCAAGAAGAAGGACUUUGACCAGCUCCCUGACAUGACCAGACUGUUUGAACAGCACGACCUCAGCAAAACGGGCCGCGCAUCCACCAAAGAGGCGAUGACCAUCUGUAAAGCCUUCCAGCUUCCCCUGUCUGACAACUUGCUGACAAGUCUGCUCGAGAAGUUCGCAGACGGGGACCAGAUAGACUACCACGCCUUCCUGGCUGGCAUCAACUGGCUGGAGCACCCUGCUCCCCCCGUCAUGCCCGAUGACACGCUAAAGUUUAACGUGAGGCUGCGACGUGAAGCCGGCGGAGUGAAAAACAUCAAUUACUCAUCUCUGGUGCAGGAAGUGUUCCCGAUUGUCUCCAACGCGGUCGACCCGGACGGCGCGGCAUCGGCCUAGAUGAGUGCGCUAAAUCCAAACACGAGUUUGGAAACUGAAUAAGAAAACAAAAGAUAAAUCACUUGAUAAAUGAUUCAUUUUAAUUGUCUUAUAAGCAACGACAGUAAGUAGUCCUUCCAUUAUGCAUUUAUCACACGCUAACAUGAGGAUGCUAUCACAACAAAAUUCACCUUGACUCCAUUUGCCUUGUGAUGAUGUGACUUAUGAGUUUGGCAGUGGCUUUUUCCUCCUUUUCUCAUCUUCUGGAUUCCCUCCGACGCACCUACGGGGGUGCCAAACUUUGUCAACGCGCGUCUUAUUUUGGGAUGCGUUAAGUGUCAUUCAUGGCCAACAUUUAUCAUCUUUUGUCUAAUUCUCUUUAGGGGUGUCUCUCGUCACAUGGAGCCAUGCGAGGGAAACGGAUGAGCUCAUUAUAUUUGCAUGUUUUCCAGGCAUCCAUUCCAGAAUGCAUGUUGUCAAAUGCACUUCAUUAGGAGGACUGCAAUUUCCCGCUAUUUUGUGGUCCGGACUACCCGCUACUCUAAUGUCAACUAGGGAUGUACCAUAAGCAAAAUUCUUGGCCGAAUAUUGGCGACGUUUGGCUGAAAGGCAAUUCGUUUUAAUUUUUUUAAUGAUUUCAUUGUUUUCUGAUUAAUGCCCUCUGCUUUGGAAUUGGUUCUACAGCACUCUACAACAUUUAGUUUGAUUCUAAAACCCCAUGGGAGGGUGUGUUCCUGGUGUUCUUUCAGAUUUUGAUCCUCAUCAGAAAUUGCAAAUUGCACCUUCAACACCAUACUUUUAAUCACCGUAGGCAGAGUUUGACGUUUGGGGCGGACGGGCGGGGGGGCACAACAUGUUGAUGACCCCAAAACGCAGUGGCAGCAAUAAAAUUAACUUACAACUUACUGCUAGUGUUAUCAUAAUUAAUAAAUAAAGCAUAAUGCUACUAUUCUUUACCUCUGGUAUAAUUGGGGGAAUAAAAGCAUGGCAUUUUAG